AUGGAUCAAACACAGAGAAGAAGCAGGGGCAAUGCCCUUUGCAGCUCUACCUCUCAGCCCAAGAAGAAAAGGACAUCGCUGAUGUCUUUCUUUUCCAAGGUAUCUGGGAAACUAAGGUUCCAGAAGCGGGAGUCUCUGAGGAACACUCUUACCUUCUUGGCAGAAAGAGCCUGGGACCGCAGUGCUAGAAAGCGUCACAUGGUGAUGAAAGGCCUGGGCACGCUGGCCUGUGAAGCCCCGGACAAGGUGAGGAAGUAUAAGAAGAUUUUCCUUGACCUGCUGGUGCAUGGGCUGUAUGACCCUGUGAGCUCUGAGGUCAUCCACGAGAGUCUGAAGACACUGGCCAUCGUCCUGAGCAAGCUCCAGGGUAAAGGCCUGGGCUCCUUCUUCAUUGACAUCACCCUCCAGACCAGGACUUUGUUAGAUGAUGACAAUGACAACCUGAGAUACUCAGCCUUUGUCUUGUUUGGACAAUUGGCUGCCUUCGCUGGACGGAAAUGGAAGAAAUUUUUCACCACGCAGGUUAAGCAGACCCGAGAUUCACUGCUGACCCAUUUAUGGGAUAGAAAUCCUCAAGUGGCCAAGGCUUGCAAAACAACUUUCCGCGCCUGCUCCCUCUACAUGAAACCAAGGAAGGAGUACAUCUUCCAGAGCGAAGAGGAACAAAGAAAUCCAAAGCUCUGCCGGCAGCUGAGUCACUACCACCCAGAGCUCCUGCAAUUCUUCUAUGCAAAUAAGAUCCUUUGA